AAUAUUGUUUAGUUCUGGUUUGUAUGCUCCCAAGCAGAAUUGAUGGUUUAAUUGGAAAACCCUACCUCGUCUCGACUUUUUUUUAGUGUUAUACCGAUAUUUGUUUCGCGUUAUUUAUUCACAAUGGUGCCAAGUUUUCGUGGAAUUUUGGCAGUAAUUUUGUAUUUGUCUUUGUGUGUCUUUGAAUCUGGAUGCAUUUCCGUCUGGAAGGAUAUAACAUUGUCGCAGGAUGAAAAGCAUGCCCUCGACAAGUUUAAAACUGUAAUGAACGGCAGUUUGCCGCAUGACUACAUGGAAAAGGAUGUUUUUCUCAUCAAGUGGCUCAGAGCCAAGAAUCUUAACAUUCGAGGUGCAGAGAAAAUGCUAAGACAGCAUUUAGCGUUUAGGAAGGAGUAUCGAAUGGAUACAAUAGCAGAUGAAGAUUUCGGCAAUUUGGUCUACGAAUAUGCAUAUUCCACUGAUGGAGUUGACUAUGAGGGAAGACCUGUUUUGGCGUUGAAUGCUGCAGACUGGGACAUCAGACGAGGAAUCCUCUCUGGACAGAAAGACCACAUUAUUCGAUGGUCCCUUCGGGCAUAUGAAAUUGGAAACAGAAGAGUUCGAGAGUUGCAAAACAGUGGUCAAAAUGUGACCCAGUUUGUAAUGGUCUGCAAUUUUGAUGGGUUCAACAUCAUUCAACAUGCCUGUCUGCAAUGUAUCGAUGUAAUAGUCAACUUUCUCGUGACCUAUGAGAAUAAUUUUCCAGGCAUGGCAGAUUCCAUCAUAGCAAUUAAAACACCUCAAACCUUUGACUUGGUUCUGCGAGCCUUGACCAGCGUGAUGAGCAAAGAGACUCGAGAAGCUGUCAAAAUCUGGGGUCCAAACAGGGACGAAUGGCAAACAAACUUACUAAAGCAAAUUCCGGCGGACCAAUUGGACGAGGAAUUUGGUGGAACGAGAAACACUUUGUAGAAUCGUGGAAUCAUGGUAGAAUUGACUCGUGUAUUAAAAUCUCAGAAUAACAUCCAGCAAUUCAGUAUGUGGUUCAACAGGUUGCCCUAAAUAUGGGCCCAACUUGAUACUAUAUGGGUAUACGUACAUAAAUGCAGAAAUUUAAAUGUAAAUUCCAAUAAAUAUACAAGUUUUAGGCUUAUCGUCCACAAUUUUAUGUUAGAUACGUACAUAAUGGGUAAUCCUUUAAUAAAAUUUAUUAACAAAU